AUGGGAGACCUGCGUAGUCGGAGGAGCCCUCCUUUCCCUUCGCCAACCGAGACCAUCUCACCCAUCGACGGGCCUCAAAUUCAUCACUCGCAAGACCCACGAUCGCCGCCAAGUUCCAGAUUUCCGCAUGAUAAGCAUGCAGAAGGUCUAUCGGUCGAAGGCAUGGCGGGUGGGGUGGAUACGGCAAACAAAUCAUCAGCUCGAAGGCCUCAUUUUUCCCGUGGAGAUUCUACCGAACAAAGUGCCGGCCUCACCCCAGUCACAGAGGACAGACGGCCAGACAAUGAGCAUGAGGAGGACCAAGGACGGAGCUCACAGACCUUACAGGAGUUGCGAAGACAGAUGGAGGAGCUAUUAGUGUAUCAGCAGAUGCAACAAACUCAGACCCAGCGUUCUUCGACAACGCUGCCACCGGACCCCUCGACUGAAGCCCCUCGAAAAAGGCGUCUAUCGAUUACGUCGGCAGAUCUUCCCCCCACCAUCAUACCACCAUCAUCUGGUUCUGUGGGCUCUGCGGGAACUAUCAAAGGUAUCGAUGUUCAAUCCGCCGUUCGAUCGGUGGACCAAACGCCCUCAUAUCCUUUUCCAAGAGUCCACAAUCAAUCUCCAGCCGAGAAUGAAUCAACAGCGCGCCAAAACCAAUUUCGAUUGAAGCUUCCAUCGGAAAAGCUCAAAUCCCCGUCGCCCACAGCUCACUUCACGCAAGAAGACCCUUCCACGAAGACUUCGGCUCCAGGACCUGUCUUCCUCCCGCCUGACCACAAGGACCUUAUCGAAGACCCGGCCUUUGUUACUCCGAAUCUUUAUGACUUGACCCUGCAUUUAAAUUCGAAUCCUGGACUCGAGGCUUGGUGGUCUAACUUGGUCGAAAUUUUAGAAACCCAUUACGGAGCGGAACGUAUCUCACUUGCAGUUCCCGGAGAUUCAACUGAUUUGGAGAAUGUGCCAUGGGGCCAGAAGGCCUUUUUCAACAAGAAUGGCAGCACCUCGUCGGAAAAUAUUCAAAUCGCUCUACGAGACGAGCAAAGGACAGACACCCAAGGUGCCCGCAAUAGCUGCGACCAGACGCAGGAGAACAAAGGUGGGAAAUCGCAAUCGCAAUCUCAAACCAAGACUUCAAAGCCUAUUCAUGCAGUGACUCGUCCUUCCUUGACGUCUCGUCAUUCCUUUGGUGGAUUCGCUCAAGGCAAGAACAAUUUGCCUCCAAUGCAUCUGGACGGUCAGCAGCAUGUGUCGAAGAUAAUUACUGGCAAACCCGAGAAAAAGCACGCUCGAAUUUCGGAAAUGGUCGAAGCUAUGCAAUCAUCGAGCAGUCGCAGGCAAUCCAUGAUCCAAACGAAACCCAAUGAGCGUCCGACCCUCUCAGUCCAUGGAUUGCGACAAGGUGUUUUCCCGGUAGCAAGAGCACUGGAGAUGGAAUCAGAUCCCCUCAUCAAACGUACCGGCGUAGUUAAGCUGUUUGGACGGGCCAGUCCGGUUGUUCUCACACGGGAAUAUUCGCCGGAGUCAACGCAUCAUUCAAUCAUGUCAAGCGAGUCACCUCUGAGCCCUCUGGAGAUGGUGCAGGUCACUCCGAUCGCUGACGGCCCCCACGAGACUGACCCUAUUGCGGCUGCAGCCUCCGUGAGGCAGGCUGCCACGAACCUCAACCCACCCAUCUUCGGACACUAUGACGAAUACGAGCAAGUUCCUCAGUCCCCCUGGUCUCAAUCUCCUGCACCUUCGCCAGCCCCUCGGACACAUGCAGAUCAAAACCCAUUUUUCACCAGUCACACUGUCGAUGAAGGUGCAUUCUCGAAGAACCCGCCCGCGCACGACUACUCCAGCCCCCACCCCUUAGAGGCCAUCGGCAUCGAUCAGUCCAAGACUUUGAUCCAUAUGCCUCUUUUACACGGCGGCUCCAACCGAAAUCCAUCACCAAUUCUGAGAUUCCCGGUUGCCGUGGUUUCAUUCAUGACCCCUAUCGUUCCCUAUCCACCCAAUCUCCGACAAUCUCUCGCCCACCUAAUGCCGCACUUGACGGCCUCUUUUUGCUUGGCCCAACACUAUAGCCAACUGGAGCGUCAGGUGGUCUCGAAGGUGGAGACUCCACGGUAUGGGAACAUUUUAGGACUUGGCGGCACAUUUUCCGAUGCGAGCAGCGAGCUGGAACUCGUAGCGGGUCUAAGUGGCCAUGUCAGUUAUUCUGUUGGCGAUGAGAAUUCCAUGUCAGCACGAGCCAGCAUUGCCAGCCCCAGUGAUCAGUCUUCCAUGAAAUUCAGCCCCGCAAUUUCUAGCAUUGGGACACCAGGGUUUGAAUUUGGUCAAAUGGGCCUCGGCUCAGCAACGCAGUCCCCAGGUUUCGUUUCGCGCACUGAAGCUGGAGACAGCUAUUUCAAUGUACCGCAGCCGAAGGGCACUCGCGAUAAUAUUUAUCCCCAGCGCCCUCGCCUCGCGAAACCCAAGUCUAACCUUGUGUCGUCGACGCCUGAAUCCCCUGGAAAGUUGCACGGGAAGGCUUCUGCUGUUGAAGAAAGUCAUCUACAAGAUGCAUCUGCUGUCCCUUCUCCAUUGCAAGAAAUGAAGCCGCCUUCAGUCGUUUCCCCGACUCAGCAGUCGUCACGCCACGCGUCUACGAAUUCCUUCUAUGCCCAGCUUCAGCGGGAUUUGCCACGGCCGUUCUCGGAUACGAUAACGCAACUGAUGCUGAAUUCCAUUCCCCUCCAUCUCUUCUUGGCCAAGCCACAAAGCGGCGAGGUCAUUUGGACCAACGCCAAAUUCGAUAACUACCGAAGAAGCAAACCACAGGAGCAAAAGCUGCGAGAUCCUUGGCAGAAUAUCCACAGCAGCGAGCGAGAUCACGUCUCCGUUGAAUGGGCAAAUGCUUUGCGCACGGGCUCGCAGUUCACCGAACGAGUUCGUGUGAAGCGCUUCAAUGACGAAAGUGCCUAUCGAUGGUUCAUCUUCCGCGCAAACCCACUUUUGUCUUCGACCGGCGAGGUUCUAUACUGGAUUGGAUCCUUCCUUGACAUCCAUGAGCAGCAUAUUGCUGAACUUAAAGCGAUCCAAGAAAGGGAAAAGUUUGCCACAGAUGCUAAAUAUCGGGCCUUCUCAAACUCGAUCCCACAAGUUGUUUUCGAGGCCACAGAGAACCGUGGCUUGAUAUUCGUCAAUGAGCAGUGGAAUUUGUACACAGGCCAAAGCCUUGACGAGGCACUUAACCUAGGGUUCGCAAGACACGUUCAUCCAGACGACCUAGACAAGUGUGGUGGCCUCUCAAUGCAAGCGAAGCAAGAAUCGGAUGGGUCUGGCAAUGCUGAAUCGUCGCAGCAAUCAUCCAAUAUCCAUGGUGUUGAGUCUGCCCUUCAUGAACUUGUGGCCCGUGGUGUCGCAUCGUCCCAGAAAGACGAAAAUGGGCGUGUUUUCUACUCCACUGAAAUCCGCCUCAGUUCUAGGGGGGCGAAUAUCGAUGGCACUUGUGAAGAAUCGUCUUGGUACGGUACCUGUACUGAUAUCAACGACCGGAAGAAUCUCGAACGGGAGUUGAACAAGGCUAUGAGUCAACUCAACAACCAAAUGGAAUCCAAGACAAAGUUCUUCAGCAACAUGUCACAUGAGAUCAGAACCCCUCUAAACGGCAUUCUUGGUACUUUGCCAUUCAUCCUCGACACUCAGCUCGACAGCGAUCAAAGACGGAUGUUGGAUACGAUUCAAAAUAGCUCCACUGGCCUCCGUGAACUUGUGGAUAACAUUCUGGAUGUGUCAAGGGUUGAGGCUGGCAAGAUGUCGAUGGUCAACUCAUGGUUCCAUGUUCGGUCUAUGAUUGAGGAGGUGAUUGAUACAAUUUACUCCAAAGCAAUCGACAAGAAUCUCGAAGUCAACUAUCUCAUCGAUCCAGAUGUGCCGGUAUUGGUUAUUGGCGACCGCUUCCGAAUUCGACAGGUCCUCUUGAACCUUGUCGGCAAUGCGGUGAAAUUCACUUCCCAGGGCGAAGUUCAUAUCGGUUGUAACCUUUAUCAUCAGAAUACCACAAAAGUCAAAGAAACUGAAGUUUUCCUGAACUUCGACGUUGUCGAUACCGGAAAGGGCUUCAGCUCUGUUGAUGCCAAACGCCUGAUGCAAAGAUUCAGCCAAUUGGGUGAAAAUGGGUCGCAGCAAAACGCUGGUAGUGGUCUGGGCCUGUUUUUGUCCAAACAACUCGUGGAAAUGCACGGUGGCAAACUCACACCGAGUAGCAAAGAAGGACAGGGAGCGAAAUUUUCAUUCAAUGUGAAGGUUGAUGCUCCUGCACCUCCGUCGCCGUCUGAAAGACCAGGGUUACUUCGUCAGCCUUCAAGUGCGUCAAGAAGGCCGGGAAUGUCCAGAUUGAACUCCUUCGAGCCGAGCACAAUGGUACCAGCAAGAGUUUCCGAUCCCAAGCUGCAAGAUCAUUCAAACCUGUCGCCUGACAUCGAGUCACCAUCUGUGUCACCCGAGUUACCGGCCAAGUCGGCUUCAAAGAGUCUCUCGCCUUCCUCCAAUGUAUCUUCUGCUCUCCCAACUCCGGAUAUCGGCACUGUGAAUCUGGCAUCGAGCUUGGACCAAGCAUCCGGUCCCAGUACAUCGAGCCUUUCAACCCGUCCGGUUCCGCCAACAUCCCAGAGCGCUGUGUCUCCGACCAAGGGAUCCGGUCGACACGCUAUUGUCACUCCUGAAGGUCCCCUCUCAAUCGUCAUUGUUUGUCCUCUUGAGAACACACGUAACGCGGCAAAGCAACACAUCGAGCAGGUCAUACCGCACGAUAUUCCAUUCACCAUCACGACUCUUCCCGAUGUUGAUGAGUGGAAAGACAUGUUGCAAUCAGGAUUCAACGCCAAGUGCACUCAUCUGGUUCUCAACCUGCCUACGGCAGAUGAUAUCACAGAAGUCAUUCAGCAGGUGUCGGAGCUGGACAGAGAGAAUGCUCCCGCGCUUGUCAUCAUAUCGGACCCUUACCAGAAACGUCAAAUCGCCUCACGAGUGUCUGAGUUCGCCGCCACAGGGAAGCAAGUGUUCAUCGUGAACAAGCCUGUCAAGCCUUCGGCGUUCUCGACUAUCUUCGACCCUGAGAAGAAGCGCGAAUUGAGCAUGGACCGCAGAGAUGAUGAAACGCGGGACGACAAUAACAAUUUCAAGGUAGUCUCCAAGAUGGUCAAAGAAGUCCUUGGCAACAAGGGCUAUCGCAUUUUGCUGGUGGAGGAUGAUGAGACCAAUCGCAAUGUCAUGCUGAAGUACCUGCACAAAAUCAAGCUCUCGUCGGAGACCGCAGCCGAUGGACAAGAGUGCAUUGACAUGGUGUUUUCGAAGGAACCUGGUUACUAUUCUCUCAUCAUUUGUGAUAUUCAAAUGCCCGUGAAGAACGGCUACGACACUUGUCGCGAAAUUCGGAGCUGGGAACAAAAGAAUCAUUACCCCCAGAUUCCUAUCAUGGCUCUUUCAGCAAAUGCGAUGAAGGAUCAAAUCCAAGACGCUGCCCAGGCAGGCUUUAACGACUACGUCACCAAGCCAAUCAAGCACAAUGACCUAGGCAGAGCGAUGAUGGAACUCCUUGAUCCCAGUCGACCUCUAUUGUUCCUCCGAGACCGUCUUGCCCUUGACAAGCAAGAUCCAAACAUUGGCCAUUAG